AUGGGGGACCGGGUGUACGCGGCCGAAAAGCUCAUGAAGAAGCGUGUCAGAAAGGGCAGAGUUGAAUAUCAUGUAAAAUGGAAAGGAUGGACACCUAAGCAUAAUACUUGGGAACCCGAAGAAAACAUUAUUGACACCAGGCUUAUUGAUAUUUUUGAACAAAGUCAAACCCGUACAGAUAAUACUUCUCAUAAACGAGGUCCUAAAAGAAAAACACAAACUGCACAUACUGAAACACCAACUACAGAACCUACCCGGAGUGACUAUGAAGAUGAAACUGCCGAUGGUGAUGUACCAGAUUAUAACAGCCAAGACGAAGCUGAAGUUCUUCCAGAGCUUACUAAUGGGGCACCUUUAUUACCCAGACAUGACGAUGACACCGAAGAAGAUAAAACAAUUGAUGAUGAUUCAUUGGCAGAAAUGCCGAAGUUAAAUGCAGCUGUAAAGGUUGAAGAAAAAGAUGAAAAAAUAAGUGAAGAAAAAAAGACACCAGUCAUAGAAGUCAAUGAUACACGAGAAGAAGAAAAGUUAGCUCCGGUGGUGAAACCCGCACCUUCACUUGUAGUUCCAUCUACGCCGAAGCAGUCUUCCAAAUCCCCUCCACCUCUACCUAAACUUCAAAAAGUUAAACGCAAAGCAGAGGUUUUGUCUAAAGAAUCUGGUAAAGUUGGUGUUACUAUAACUACCAGUCCUCCUGUGACAGAUUCGAAAGUGCCCAAAUUACAAUCUCCUCCCAAUAUUCAAAACACCAAUAGUUUGCCUCCAGUAGUACCUACACAAGAUAGUGGAAGAACGCCUAAAAGAAAAACAUCAGAACAUGCGGUUCCCGCAGUUUUGACAAAUCAAGUUUCUCCAGCUCUAGAAAAUCAACAUUUAACACUGACGGCUAUACUUCAAAGUACUCCAGCAAGUGUAAAGUCAAGAGAUACUUUAGCUGCAGCAGCUCCCAUCAGUUCUCGAACAUCAGGAGAACCAGCUAGGCCUCAGGAGGAUGCUGCAACAGCUGUAACUCAAGGAGCUGGAGGUCAACAUCAGGUACUAGAUACAGCAUCUGUUGCUGAAACUCCUACUCAGCGUUUACAGUACAAGACAAUACUGGCAAACCCUGGACCAGAGUAUUGGCUUGCGCGCAAUCCAGUUGUAGAUAAUGUUUUUAUUACAGAUGUGACGGUUAAUUUGAACACUGUGACAAUAAGAGAAUGUAAAACAGAAAAAGGAUUUUUUAAAUCUAGUGUUGAAACUAGAAUUUAA